AAAUAGCGUGCGUCCAUGGAGAUAACAACAUGGGGAUUUGCUGACGGCGAAAACACAGGCGUACGUGCGGAUUCGUGCAUUGCUUUUUGUCAGAAAUCGCUCAUCAAAAUUUAACGAUGACACUAUUCAACUCAAACUCCAGUAAAGCAACAUGAUGUAAAACGAUCAUUCACUAAGUUGUUCUUUUGGUGAUAUUUUCCGGCCAGGGAAAAUACCCUGAAGGUGGUAGAAGAGGAAUGCUGCAGGUGGAAUCUCCGCCGGGGAUCAGCCACAGUCUGGUGAAACUUGUUCCCAUGCCCGGUGAAGUUGACGUCUCACCAGCCACCACCAACGCGGCACCGAAGGAUGAAGGCCACAGCAGCGAUGGGGUGCCGUCCUCCUCCAGCGAUCUGGCCAUCCCACACCGAUUCUCUAUCGAAUCGGAUUUGACCUAUGCACCGAAACUGAACACCACAAGCUUGCGGUUGGCCCAGGGGUCGGGAAGACAGUCCCGGUCUGGCCUGCUGCAGCGGGCCCGGGCCACGCGCCUUGCCGCCGUCCAGCAACAUUGCCAGGAUGAGUUCACGUUUAAGCCUCAAAUGAGCUCAGCAAGUCUUAAGAUUGCCGAGACAUUAGGAACGACAUUUAUGGUUCGACAGGAGCAACAUCUGGAGAAACAAAGGAAGAAGCUGGAGCAGAGACACCAGAUACCCUACAAGGGGCGCUUGAGCCCAGUGGCUGCCCUCAAGAACAAGAAGAGUAGUGUUGCAACACUCAAAGACAAGGAGAAUGCAGAAAGUUGCCAGACGGCGUGGGGCUCACCGACUUCCACCCCCAAUCUGAAUGAGAACAGGCCUGCAGCCGAUAUAGCCAACAGUAACAACAGGCUAGGGGUAGGGGGCUCAAUAUCACUACAUCUGACCACCCCUCUGAGUCCAGUCAGGGCAGGCAGGGGGCUACCCCAGUCCUCUAUGAACCUACAGAGGCUGCAAGACGGACCUUACUCCACGAGUGGGGCAAACUUGGUUUUGAAACGACAAAAGGCUCUCCCUAAGCCCAAAAGUUUUGGCAUGCACAAACGGAGCUCAACGCAUCCUAUAGAUGGUGCCAGUAGUGACCCGCUAGAGACCACCACCACCUCCCAGCCCACCAACCAUCAGAGAAGUAAGACAGUGACUUCCCCUGAGCCUGGCUCUUCCCCUCGCAAUAAAGUCAAGAGUCUGGUGACUAGGACGGCAGCACAGAGUGGAGAGAGACUCAGGCUAGCCAAGCUGACGGCAGAACGGGCAAUGAAGUUAAAGAGGGUCUUCACCAUUCAGGGUCCCUAUCCUGUGGUGAGAGAAUGCCUGCGAUCUCGAGACUGGGUGGAGAAGCAGUACCGAUCCAUGGCCCCCCACAAAGUCAAGAGGAAACAAGGCAGUGAUGACAAUGACACAGAUGACAGUGACAAUGACGAUGAUGACGAUGACAAUAAUGAUUCUCCUGACACGGGUGUCACUGCAGACAGUGAUGACGAUGACAACGGAUUAGGAGAUUCAGAUGACAUGUAUGGAAUGAUGUCAAGAAUGGUCCGAAACAACGAUCCAUUUUUCAUUUGGACGUGUCGCAGAGACACCAUCAACUUUAGGUUCUUGAGGAAAGAGACAAUUGUCAACCAUUUUGCCAAGAAUGGAGCGUUUACAACCAAGACUGGCCUGUGUACCCAUCUACGGAACCUGAAGUGGUAUGAGAACAUGGACGCUGAUACCUUCUAUCCACGCAGCUACAAAAUCUGCAUAGAGGAAGAGAAAAAUGCAUUUCUUGAUGACUACAGACUGACUGCUGCCUGUAGCAUUUUGAAAUGGGUGGUACAACGACACAACGGCGAGCUGGACGUGCCAAUGGACGACAAUGAAGACAUUCCAGACGAAGACAAUACCACCAAGUCUGACGCUGAGGAUGCGACCCUCUCGCCACGGUCCCAAUCCAAGCUGGCUGGUCAGUCCAAGGCAAAAAGGAAAACGAACCCUGUCCUUCCAGCCUCCCUGAUUCGGACUGCCUCUGACAUCGUGGAUAACUAUCUGAAUGAUGUAACACAUGAAUUUCUGGACAAUAAUGUGGACGUCAGUGACCUCAUGACAGACAAACAGUGGGAUGAGUUUAUUCGACAGUAUUGCCAACUUAUUUUUGAGGGUGGUGUCAUAGCCGAGUCUAGCAAUCACAGUGCAAUGUGCGAGAGUCUACUGAACAGGGUACGGGCCGUCCUACCCCAGCUGGAUAUGGACGGACUGCGCAAUAUCUGGAUCAUUAAGCCUGGAGCCAAGUCUAGAGGCAGAGGUAUUAUCUGCAUGAACAAACUAGAGGAGAUCCUGAAACUAGUGGGCAACCCAACCAUCGUCAAGGAGGGCAAAUGGGUCGUCCAGAAGUACAUAGAGCGCCCUCUCUUGAUCUACAACACCAAGUUUGAUAUUCGGCAGUGGUUCUUAGUGACUGAUUGGAACCCGUUGACUAUCUGGUGGUAUCAGAAUAGUUACCUCAGGUUCUGCACUCAGCCCUUCUCACUGGACAAUCUAGAAUCGGCCAUCCACCUUUCCAACUUCUCGGUCCAAAAGAACUUUGAGAAUUCUGCGGCCCGCUCGGUGAUGCUACCAGAUGAGAACAUGUGGACCAGUGAGGAGUUCCAGCAGUAUCUCAAGAACCGAGGCUGUGGCAACGUAUGGCAGGAUAGCAUCUACCCAGGCAUGAAGAAGGCCGUCAUUGCCGCACUCCAGUGCACGCAGGACGUUGUGGAAAUGCGCAAGAACUCCUUUGAGCUAUACGGUGCAGAUUUCAUGUUAACUGAAGACUUCCAGCCAUGGUUGAUAGAGAUCAACUCCUCCCCAGCCAUGGGUGCUACGACUGAGAUCACAGAGCAACUAUGCCAUGACGUCAUCGAAGACACCAUGAAGGUAGUGCUGGACCGACGACAUGACAAGAACUGCGACACAGGAAAGUUUGAACUGGCCUUCAAGCAGCACCAAGUGACUGUUCCUCCUUAUGUUGGUGCCCAGCUGUGCAUCGAGGGCACCGGUCUACGUAACCCAUCUCUCCGUAUACACCGGCAGCGAAGCCAGCCUAACAUCAUCAGCCCGCGACAACCUGACACAACAGUGGUCCUGCGGAAGACCACUAAUAACGGCAGCAACCUGCAGACCAGUCCCAGGAGACUCAGUCAGGGUAAAGUUGAAGCAACCCCCAUGGGGCUCGACCCGGAGCUGAUUAAAGCGACUAAUCUGGAGGAAAUGACACGUAAACUAGCAGCAUCGUCUGCGCUUACGCAAGCUCAAUCAUCACAUGAUGACAUUACGCAGCGAGAUAGCCAGCAUGACACAAGUUCAGCAGGGAUUCUAGACGGAGCUUGGGGCAGCUCAUGCCCCCAUUGCAAUACCGGCAUCCCAGGGGUAAAACUAGAGGCCGAUAAAACGGCAACAGACUGCACCUGCAGACAAGACAGUGUGGUUAACACCCCGGUCAAUGACAGAACUAGCCAGCCCAACUCCGGUUACCAGUCACCGGUGGCAGGGUACCGAUCGCCAGAGCUGAUCCCUCGUAGUGGGACCUUCGUCAGCAACAGGCAGGGUAACUUGGUAACACUAAGCGGGCCGGACCCGAUCCAAGGGGUGCACAAAGUGGGUAGAGCGGCCUUCCUGGCAGGCCGAACCCGUCCCAAUGUCAAUAGGCAACGUAGAGAGUCUAAGAUACAUGUACAGAUAAGAGGUGGAGAAGUCAAGGUACCAUGCGGGACUUACCCUUUUACAGUCUCCAGUAGUUACAUCAUGUAAACAAACAAAAAAUACAUUAAAAGAAAUAGAAUUAUGCAGAUAUCAUGGCUGAGUUUGGGAGGCUGAAAAACAAAUUUGGUUUGAAAAUGUCGGAUUUACUGAAUGGUGUGCAGUGAAUUUAAGGCAUUUAAUAAUACGUUUGUGUUUAAAAAUACCUUUUACCAAAUGCAAGAACUAUUACAAAAAACUGUAAAGUCUUAGAGUGUGUGCUCAUUCAUUAUUUUUUAUUACAGUUUACAGAAGAAGUAACAUUGCUUGUUCAUUUAAAUCAUUAUUUUUUGCCCAAAAUGCCUAAACUGUAAUCUACCAGCAAAGCUUUGUUUUGUUAUAUUUUAUCAAUUGAUUUGAGUACAUGUAUACACCAAGAGUAUGUAAUCAAAUAAACAUUGUAACUAUCAGAAUUAUAGUACCAUUGAAAUAUUGAAUUCUUAAAGAUUUGUACAUUGUUAAAUGUAUUUAUUACAUUAAAAUACGGUUCAACGAUUCAUUUUUAGACAAAACCAAAGUUAGGAUGUGAUUAAUUGGUUGCCAUUUCAGGUAGAACAAACUAAAGUACAUUCGGGCCCCAUUUUUUAGUCAGAAAAUAUUGUUUUUAUAAUGCAGCAUAAUUUUAUUGCUGGAUUAAGAGUAACAAGGGUAUUAUAAUACAAACAGUAGAAUUCAAAUUAGUUGCUUUUAGAGGAACUUGAAAAAUAGAAUUAGCUGUUGCAAACUGCUUCCCAACUAAAAGGACCUAUGGUAUAAAUGCAAAAAAAAUAGUUAGUGGCCUGACGUUUCGACCCUAGCAGAGUCUUUCUCGAAGGCUAAAAUUUUAGCCUUCGAGAAAGACUCUGCUAGGGUCGAAACGUCAGGCCACUAACUAUUUUUAGAGGAACUUCCGAGAAGCAGACAUUCAUCUGGUAAUAAAUUGAUACUUUUCCUUAGCAGUGAAGUUUUCUUUAAAAAUAUAUUUAAAAAAAGGCUUUGGCAUUGCGGGCCAGGCAUGAAUCAUGUUUUGUUCUCAAAAACGAAAACAUUUUCCAGCCAAUUUGCUGCCUACUUACAAUGUAGUCUGCUAGUUUGUUUUGUAGAUGCAGGCUACAAUUGUCUUCUAAAUAACCAGGUUUAUAUAUUUCUGAGUUGUGCCUUUUUAAAUGAAACUUUUAUAAGUGAACUUUUCAGUGGUAAGCAGCCCAUCAUCGCACGUAUCGCUCUGAAAACAAAAUUCUGCAAUAACAAAAUCAUCAAUUGCCCACUUGCGAUGGUCCCAAUGAAUAUAGAAACUAGGAAGUUUCUUUUGUGAAUAACGUUUGACUUGUAUUUUAUUAUGUAUAAAUCUCUUUGCUGAAAGCAAUAAAGGCCAUCUUGAAGAUGUUUUUAAUUUCUUUUCAUGUUAUUUUGAUAAUAAAUCAUGUUACGUUGAAUACUUAAA